GUCUUGAGUGUACGUUUGUGUCUGUUAUACUAUAUUCGGCACCAUUAAAUGUAUAGUUAACAUUAUACAUAUCAUUAUUACUAAUGCGACAAUUCAUUAUUUUUUCUUUUACGUUUAAUAAGUUUUAUGAGUUCAGCUAAUACAUCCAAACACAUGGGCGCCGCCAUAUUGUUUUCCAACAUGUUGAGCUUAGGUAGCGAAGAAAAUCUUUGGUGGAAAAAAUGGCGUCCGCUCCCUAAACAUGUUGAGGAGCAGUAACUGAUCAAAAUGCGUUCAGCAGACAUCCAUCCAACAGUUGUACAACAGUUUUACAACAGUUGUGUCUGCUGAACGCGGCCAAUUUUCCACUGAAUGAUCCGUUUGCGAUAUCGCUACUUAUAAAGAUGGCUACCUCCAAUGUGUUGAAAAGUGAAUAAGGUGAUGGAAUACCCAUGCAUAAUUUAGACAACAUUAUACAAUUAUUAAUAAGACCUGAUAUCAACCUUAAUUUUAAAAAAUGUCGUGCCCGAAUAAAACGUCAUAAUUUGCAUUAUUUUGAGGCAACAAUUCCUAGAUUUACACAGGACCAGUUUAAAGAAAUGUUCAGAAUGAACAGAGCAACUUGCGAAAAUUUGUCAAAUGUUAUUAGACAAUAUCUUGCAAGACAUGCAAAUGAAUAUGCACCUCUCCAAAAAAAAGUAUUAUCGACAAUAUGGUUACUAAGCAGACCAGUAACUUUUCUAGCAGCAGGAGAUAGAUUUAAUAUACUUACAAGUUCAGCACAUCAUAUUUUUAAAGAAAUCGUUGAUGUACUUGUUGACUUGAUGCCAGUGUACAUACAAUGGCCAAAUCAUAUUUACAAAAACACAUGUAUAGAUAUAUUCGAGCAGAAGUCAUUUGGGUUUCCGGGAGUAAUAGGAGCAGUUGAUGGUUGUCACAUUCCAUGCAAACAACCAAAAAAUAAUGCACAUGACUAUUACAACAGAAAAGGUUUCCCUUCAAUUAUAUUGCAAGGUAUUUGUGAUCAUCGCAGAAAAUUUAUUGAUUGCUUCAUUGGUUUAUCUGGAAGAAUGCACGAUGCUUGCGUAUUUAGAAAUAGUACAAUUUACCAACGUAUUAUAAAUGAAAGAAAUCCAUUAUUGCUAGCUGAUGAACACAUAAUUGGGGAUUCUGCAUACCCGUUAAUGAUCAAUUUAAUGAUACCAUUUAGAGACACAGAACAUUUAACAGUCGCUCAGUCAUUAUACAAUACCAGACUCAGUUCAAUUCGUUCAGUAAUCGAGCGAACAUUUGGACUUUUAAAAGGAAGAUUUCGACGUUUGAAAUAUUUGGAUAUUGAGGAUAUGGAUCUAGGAAAAAAAAUAAUUGCAGCAUGUUAUAAUAUUCGAGUAGGAUAUUCUAUUGAAUGUAAGUAG